UAAUGUCGGUGUCGCCCGCGUCGCCCCGACAGCACCCAACUUGUACGCGACAAACAUUCGUAGCGACGUUUAAUCGAAGCGGCGCGACGAGCGUUCGCUUCCCUCAGUAUUUAUUAUUUACCAGUUUCUACCAGCCCGAGCACAAUUGCUGCAUUAUUACGGUGUGCAUUUACAAUUUACUACACACUUACCACAAAACAAGAACAUCUAGAAUACUAUACAGCGUUGUAAACUACUAAAAUGGAGUUUUUACUACCGAAAAACAACAAAAUGGCCGCCAAAAUGACAAGUAAAGAAUUCGAGAAGAACGAAGGCAAAGAAAGGAAGAGGAACCUUUUGUAUCUGAUGGAGGGAUACAUGCGAGAUUGCUGUCUGCACGACGCUGCCGACGCUCUUGCGUCGGAGGCUCAAUUGAGCAAUCAAUACGAACUGUGCGAUAACGUAGAUCUGGAUAUGAUCCUGCUGGAUUACAACGGUUACUAUUACACGCGUUUCGAUAAGUAUCCGAAGAUCGUGCGCCGGAUUAAUCAAAACAAUGCCGGCACGAACGGGGCGGGAGCGCCCAAGAGACCCGGAAAAACAGCCGCCAGAGGGAUUACGAAUAAAACAACCUCGCCGCCGACGUCUGCGACGACAACUCCAUCCACUACAAAACAAUUGGAUUUACAAAUAGGAAUUACCAACUUAAGUAACAAAAAACCAGAGAAUGAAAUCUCAUCGUCGAUGGUGUCAGAUGUCAAGGACAAGGAUAAGGACGCAGAUAAUCGCAGCGCGGCGGCGUACUCGUCGCUGUGCGACUUCGAAGGAUACUCGAGCGAAUGGCGCGAAACGGCCGACUUAAUUACGAAGGAAAUUGUGAGGAAAAAACACGCGCCUCACAUCUCCUGGUCGGACUGCGUGGGGUUGGAGCAUAGCGUUGAACUGCUACGCGAAGCGGUCGUCUAUCCGCGAGCCAGGCCCGAAUGGUUCGAGGGCCUGCUGGCGCCCUGGAAAGGCAUUCUCCUCUACGGCCCGCCCGGAACCGGAAAAACUCUCUUGGCGCGCGCCCUCGCCGCUGAAAGCGAUGCGACCUUCAUCAACGUGACGAUCAGCACGUUCGUGAGCAAGUGGCGCGGCGAAUCCGAGAAAAUGUUAAAGGUCCUCUUCGACGUCGCACGACUGUAUGCUCCAACAACGAUAUUCAUCGACGAAUUGGAUGCGUUAGCAUCGCGCCACGAAGAUCAACAGCACGAGGCGUCGCGACGCUUUAAAAGCGAACUACUCAUUCAACUGGACGGUCUGCUUCAUGGCGGCGAUAACGAUGGCGUAUUCGUCCUGGCAACAACCAACGCACCCUGGAAUUUGUGCGGUGCUGUAUUACGUCGCUUCGAGAAGCGCAUCCUGGUGAGCGUUCCAGAGCAAAAUGAACGCAGUGCACUCUUUCGAUAUUAUUUCGACAAACAUCCGGUGAAUAAUUUUGCCCCGAGCGAUUAUCAAACGAUGGCAGAGGAGAGUGAAAAUUUUUCCGGCGCUGAUAUUAAGCUUGUUUGCCGCGAGGCGGCAAUGUGUGCGCUGAGAGAAAAAUUAUGUGAAAUCGACGCGAUAAACGAUAGAAAGAAUUCGAAAUUAAGACCGCUUACAAUGCGCGACGUCCGUCUCGCUUUGAGCAAGAUUCGACAGACAAGCGACUUUGAGACAUUAAAAAAGUACGCCAAUUGGAAGGAGCUUUAUGGCUGCGCGUAAAAUGAUGGUGGCAAUGUCAGAAACUGCUCACAAUGAAGAAACUAUCUGAAAAGCAAAAUGAAACGCGCAAAAAUGUAAAAUAUACUAUGUAAACGACGUGACAAAGUUGAGCAGACGAGAUUCCGGUGAAAAUUGCAAAUUGCAAACAUGAAACGAAAAGAAACAGCAAAAAUUUUAAAUGCAAAUUGCACCAUUGUAAUAUACAUUGUAUAUUUUUAUUUUAUCUCCAGUAAUUGCGCACAAUUUAUUUUCGUGCGUAAAAAAUAAACUGUUGGAAUUUA